GCUUUCCUCCCUUCAAUUCAGACGCGCCUCGCGUACUCACUUCCCACAACUACCUCCCCAAUCUUCGAUCAACGAAUUUACUCUGCAUUGAACAAUCUCUGUACGCCUACCGACCAGCAAUCCAUACCAGCCCCGAUGGCGUCCCUUACCUCCAAACGCAAGUCUCCCGAGGACGCGUCCCACAACGAGGAGGCCAUCACUCCCACCAACAGUCCGCCCAGAAAGAAGCUUCGCAUCACACGAAACCAGAAACAAGCUCUGAUUGACAACCUUCAGCUCGAAAUCACCGAACGCGCCCGCAAAUUACGUGCUCAAUAUGCUCUCCAGGCCAACGACCUCCGUGCCCGGAUCGAGCGCCGCAUCAACCGAAUCCCCAUCGCGCUUCGCAAAGCAAACAUGGGUGAACUACUCGAGAAGCACAUGAGGGCACACCAAGAGCACACCUCCCCCCGCAAGCUCCUCGGCCCAGCCAAGGCGUCCCGGAAUUUCGCAACCAUCUCCGUGAGUCCCAAGGUGCACAAAGCGACCGCUGCCAGCCCCAGCGCCCGCAGAAUGCGCAAGCAAAGUCACGAAGGCAUCUACUCCGAUAAAGAGAACGCACCAGCAGGCGGAGAGUCCCUGGACGUGCUCAAGAACCCCAAGCGACGAGCCAAGCCCGGCGCCACGGCCGGUACAUCGCGGGUGGUAUCCCAGGAGAUGAGGGGCGCCGACUUCCGGAUCCUGUCGCCUAAGACCUCGAACUCGAGAACCUACCCGCAGUCCCCUCUCCGCGCCUCGCCCGAGAAAUCCACCAACGCAGCCUACCUCUCCCGCCCCAUGUCGCCGCUCAAACCCUCGAGCCCGCUCAAGGGCACAUCCGCCAGCAUGCCGGGCCUGCGCUCCGCGCGCGGCACCGCACCCUCAUCCUCCGUCACGAGGCCCUCGUCGCAAGCGGCGACCAGACGCCCGGCCAGCCGCGCCGCCACGACCACCGCCAGCAAGACCCUGCGCUCCCCCUUACCGCGACCCGCGACCCGCCAGGUCGAACGCCGAGGCAGUGUCUCGUCAUCCGCCUCCUCCGGCACCACCGUUGCCAAGCCAACCCGAACCACGACGGGGGGCACCAAGAAGUCCACCACCACCGGCUCAUCAGCGACAACCUCCACAGCCCGAAAGACCACCGUCGCCCGUAACCAAGCCUCCGCCGCCGUCGCCGCCAAACGCAACGCCGCAGCAGCAACAACAACAACAACCAAGCGAGCGCCGACCCCCGCCGGCGGGGAAGCCGCCGCCCCAACAGCCGGCCGCAGGAUCCUGCGCAAGAGAGCAUGAUAUGAACGCACUACUAUUCCUUUCGCCAUACCACCUUUAGUCUUUUGUAUACCUUGGCCUAGCCCUUGCUUCUGAAUGACUGGGAGUCUACGCGGCGUUCUGUUUUGUGUUACCACUGGAUGUUAUUGAUUGCCAUUGGGAGUUUUAGAUACCGAAGAAUUCGGACGGAGGGACGGAGGGUAUCACCUGGAGUUCUUGUUUUAAAUAACUAGCAUUUUUGUUUUGUUCUUAUCGAG